AUGAGGUUCACCUGUGUUCUUUCGCUGUCCACCGCGGUCGUCUGCUGUCUGCUGAUCGGGCAGACCAGUGGAGCCACUCCCCCCGCCACGGCCGUCACAACCACCUCGGCCGCGGCCGUCACGACCACCACCACGGCCGCCACAACCACUGUCGCCGCGGACACCACCACCACAGCCUCAGCCACAACCACGACAGCGGCCACCGACACCAAGAAGAUCUUUGUUAUACACCGUUAUGGGGAAACCACAAAGCCAAAGGUAGAGGGUAAAAUCCAUGGCAGACGCGGGAAAGGAAGAAGAGGCAGCAGCGAAGAAAGCGGCAAAUGGGGCAAAUGGGGCCACAAAGGCGGCAAGAGCGGCAAGAGCGGCAAAAGCGGCAAGAGCGGCAAGAGCGGUAAGAGCGGCAGAAGGAGCGGCCGUAGGAAUCGAGCUCUCGAGUACGUCCUUGGCUCCAUUUAA